ACAGUAGAAUAUGUUCAAAGUAAGCUGAUACCUACACGACUAAAACCAUUAGAUUUGUCUUGAUUUGGUGUUCCAUACAUACCGUCAAAAUAUAGAACGCUUGCAGUUUUUACGGGAAGAUCAGCAUGCGGUUUGUCCAGUUUUUAUUGCACGGGGAGAGAAAAUUGGGACUGGAGCGUGGAAAUGAUGGGGAUAUAGUAGACUUGUGUGCAGGAGACCGCAGAAUCCCGACAGACUUAAGAAGUUUUAUUGAGGGAGGAGAUAAAAACUUGAAAUUUGCUGAAAAUCUGGUAGAAGAAAGAGAAUGUGUUCUUAGAAGAGAUUCUGUGCGUGUAGUGGCACCAAUUCUAAACCCAGAGAAAGUCCUGUGUGUAGGAAUGAAUUACCGGGACCACUGCGAGGAACAUAACACACCUGUCCCAGAGGAACCUGUUGUUUUCAAUAAGUUUCCUUCCUGUAUUAUUGGACCCACUGACGAUUUAGAAUAUCCAACAGAAACAGAGAAAUUGGACUGGGAAGUGGAGUUGGCAUUCGUUAUUGGUAAAGAAGCCAAUCGAAUAAAGGAAGAUGAUGCCUUGAAACAUAUAUUCGGCUUUACGGUAGCUCUUGAUGUCAAUGCACGGGACUGGCUGAUGGGGAAGAAUGGAGGGCAAGUGUUGUUAGGUACAGCGAUGGAUGGGUUCUGUCCCUUGGGUCCCGCCAUUGUCACCAUUGAUGAAGUUGACGAUCCCCAUAACCUUGGAAUAAGAUGCAAAGUGAAUGACGUUGUCAAACAGAACAGCAACACAAAUCAACUUAUACACAAAUCAGCUGCAAUAAUCGCACACAUAUCCAGAUUUAUGACCUUGAAGCCAGGAGAUGUUAUACUCACAGGAUCACCACCUGGUGUGGGCUUCGCUAGAAACCCUCCCGAAUUUCUGAAGAGAGGAGACGUAGUGCAGUGCGAAAUUGACAAUAUCGGGAAGAUCAUUAACAGAGUGGUGUAGAUUUACUGUAUACAACUGUUACUGAUGAUUCAAUAAAAUAUCCUGUUAUGUU